AUGGCAAACUAUGAACCAGAUAAAGAGUUUGUAAAUAUCCCAAAUAUCGUGGAGGAACAACUGAAAGAAAAGAGGGGAUAUUCAGAUGAGCUUAUCAAAGGUUCAAUUGAGCAAGUUAGUGUCUUAGUAAACAGUCCUAAUGCCAUUCAAAGACAACCCAACCUUGAUGCGACAGCCAAAGCCAAGUUCUUAGUGGCAUCAAAAACAGCGAAAAGUGGUUACAAUACUUGUACCAAAAAUGAAUGUUGCAUAUCUUGUGCUUGUAAUUCUUACAAGCACGACUCUGUAUGCAAACAUAGUCUAGCUGUUGCCAUACAACAAAAGUGUUUGCAAAGUCAUCUUCAACACAUAAAGCAGAGCAACCAGCGUUCAAGAUGUGGCCUCGUACAACCCAUAAAUGAUAAUUGCGCAGGGAAAAAAGGAGGGAAGAAUAAAAAUCAUUGGCGUGCCUCUCGUUCACGCGAACCGCAAGAAACACAAUUUGCUGCAGCUGGAUUUAAUCCUGCCGUUCACCACAACGACAAGCCAUUCAUCAUCACAUUCUUAGAUAACAACCCUAAAGCGACUGAAUGCAGGACAUGUAGGACUGGGUUUAUCCGAAGAACCAAAAUAAUACCUUUUGAUAUAGUGCUUGCUCACGAAGAGAGGUGGAUGUACCCAGACCAACGAGAUAAAACAAAACGGUUACCGAGCGCCAAAACAAUGACAACAUAUUACUGCAUAUGCAAGUCCUGCAUAAUGGAAAGAUUCCCGUAUUUCAACGCAUCGUUUCUUGUAAAGCCAGUCUUCUACGGUCCCACUUAA